AUGGAUAGUGAAGGAUAUAGCCAUUCUAUCGGUGUUUCCAUCGGUAGUUCCAGCGGUGGUCUCAUCGGCGUUAUGAUCUUCGGUAUCAUCGGUGGUAUCAUCUUUGGUCUCAUCUGUGGUAUCAUCUUUGGUCUCAUCUGUGGCUUCAUUGGUGGUAUCAUCGGUAAUCUCGUGUAUGGUUUCCGGCAUUUCACCUGUCGUAUAGAGCCUAUCGUCGAUCGUACGGAGUGUAUCCUGGAUCGUAUCGAUGGUGUGGAGCGUGGGCAUAGUAACGAAGCAGGCAGUAACGAUUCAAACUGUAAAGGCGAUAAGGAUACUAGAGGCCAUAGCGGUCGUACCGGUCUUAUCCGUCGUAUGGUUCGUAUACGCUAUCGUAUUGAGUGUAUCGCUGACCGUAUCAGUAUUAUGGAGCGUAGGCAUGCUGACGAAGGAGGCAGUAACGAGGUCGGCGGUCUCUUUGGUAUAAUCACUCGUAUCAUGGUUCGUAUCAACUAUGUUAUCAUCCGUAGGCGUAGUCGCGAAGGGGAUAGUAAAUGUGAUCCUGAUUGUAGAGGCGUCAUGGAUGGUCAAGGCGAAAGGGGUAAUGAAGGUGAAGUGAAUAGUGAAGGCGCCACGAAUGGUGAACGGGAUAACAAUAUUGGAGGAGCUACCGAUAGUCAAGGCGGUACAGCAGGUAAAACGGAUAUCGGUCGUUUCAUCAGUCGUAUCGUCGAUCGUGUGCGUCGUAAAGAUAAGGGUAGUGAAGGCGGAAAUGGUCAUCAGGACGUUCGCCAUGGUAAGGAUCAGUUUGUGCCUCAAGUCGCAUGA